AUUUUUGGCUUCAUCUCGUAAAAUCCCUAAAGAUUUCCCAAACUUGAAAACGACAAACUUGGUUCAGUCUUCUCUCUCUCGCUCUUCCUUUACCUCUCCGCUCUCGCCUCCCUCGUCGUCGAUCUGAGGGGAGCGCCCGGCGAUUCGGAACCCUAACCCUAACCAUUGUUCGCGGGGCUUAGCCAUGGCGGCGCAGUCGGUCAACAACCUCUACGAGACGGCUUCGCAGCCGGACACCGGCGGCGACGCGUACACUUUCCUCGAGUUCAACACCCAGGACGACUUCGACGACUACCCGCAGUUCCAGGAGCUCUCGCAGCCCUCCCGAUCCCCCGCUUGGCCCCAUCCCCCGCCGCCGCCCGAGCCCGCGCCGGAGUCCCCCGCAUCCGAUCUGCAGAAUCCCGAGUCCACCGUCCUGUCGCCUUCCGCAUCGACGCCCCUCGGCGGCCCUUCCUCGUCCUCCAAGGCCAGGGGGGCCGCUGGCGGCCAGGCGGCUGCCCCGGCGGUUGAUACCCUGGCGGCUGGGAUGAGCGGGCUCAACUUUGAGGAGACUGGGGAUGAGGGUUACGAGUUUGGCAAGGGCAAUUUUACGGAGCACGCGUGCCGUUAUUGUGGGGUGCAGAAUCCGGCGUGUGUCGUUAGGUGCAACAUUCCGACGUGCAGGAAGUGGUUCUGUAACUCGCGGGGGAACACAUCGGGUUCUCAUAUCGUGAAUCAUCUGGUGCGAGCAAAGCACAAGGAAGUUUGUCUACACAAGGACAGUCCACUAGGAGAGACUAUUCUUGAAUGCUAUAAUUGUGGUUGCCGGAAUGUUUUUCUUCUUGGAUUUAUUUCUGCUACAACAGAAAGUGUCGUCGUUCUCUUGUGCAGAGAACCUUGUUUGAAUGUCAAUGCAUUAAAGGACAUGAAUUGGGAUCUUAGUCAAUGGUGUCCACUCAUUGAUGAUAGGUGUUUCCUACCAUGGCUUGUUAAGGUACCUUCAGAACAAGAACAACUGAGAGCACGGCAAAUAAGUGCUCAGCAAAUUAACAAACUUGAAGAGCUAUGGAAGACCAAUCCUGAUGCUUCUUUAGAAGAUCUUGAGAAGCCUGGAGUUGAUGAUGAACCACAACCUGUUUCAUUGAAGUAUGAAGAUGCAUAUCAGUACCAAAAUGUAUUUGCUCCGCUGAUAAAGCUUGAAGCUGACUAUGAUAAGAUGAUGAAAGAGUCACAGAGUAAAGACAAUGUCAGUGUACGCUGGGAUGUUGGCCUUAAUAAAAAGCGUGUAGCCUACUUUGUCUUUCCUAAGGAAGAUAAUGAACUCAGACUUGUUCCUGGAGAUGAAUUACGUCUGCGAUACUCCGGUGACACAGCUCAUCCUGCAUGGCAAUCUGUUGGACAUGUGAUUAAGCUAACUGCACAAGAAGAGGUUGCACUUGAACUUCGUGCAAGCCAGGGAGUCCCUGUGGAUCUGAGUCAUGGCUUUAGUGUGGACUUUGUCUGGAAAAGUACUAGCUUUGACCGAAUGCAAGGUGCUAUGAAGACUUUUGCAGUGGAUGAAACCAGUGUUAGUGGAUACAUAUAUCAUCACCUUUUGGGCCAUGAAGUUGAACAACAAAUAGUUCGAAAUACUCUACCUCGCCGGUUUGGUGCUCCUGGACUUCCUGAACUAAAUGCAUCCCAGGUUUUUGCUGUUAAGAGUGUCCUUCAGAAACCAAUAAGUUUGAUACAGGGCCCACCUGGUACAGGAAAGACUGUCACAUCUGCUGCAAUUGUAUAUCACAUGGCUAAACAAGGGCAAGGACAGGUCUUAGUAUGUGCUCCAAGCAAUGUUGCUGUUGACCAACUGGCGGAUAAGAUAAGUUCCACAGGUUUGAAGGUUGUCAGGCUCUGUGCUAAAUCAAGAGAAGCUGUUAUGUCUCCUGUUGAGCAUCUAACACUUCACUACCAGGUACGCCAUCUUGAUACAUCUGAAAAAAGUGAACUUCAUAAGCUUCAGCUGUUAAAAGAUGAACAAGGCGAAUUAUCAAGCAGUGAUGAGAAGAAAUUUAAAGCACUAAAACGGGCUACUGAAAGAGAGAUAUUGCAAAGUGCUGAUGUUAUUUGUUGUACAUGUGUUGGUGCUGGAGAUCCCCGCCUUGAAAAUUUCAGAUUCCGCCAGGUUCUUAUUGAUGAAUCUACACAGGCAACGGAGCCUGAGUGUCUUAUUCCGUUAGUUUUAGGUGUUAAACAGGUUGUUCUUGUUGGAGAUCAUUGCCAGCUUGGUCCAGUUAUUAUGUGUAAGAAGGCAGCUCGUGCUGGAUUGGCACAGUCUCUCUUUGAGCGGCUUGUUCUUCUUGGACACAAACCAUUUAGGUUGCAGGUCCAAUACCGAAUGCACCCUUGCCUCUCUGAAUUCCCUUCUAAUAGCUUUUAUGAAGGCACACUUCAGAAUGGAGUGACAAUCAAUGAGAGGCAAUCAACUGGCAUCGAUUUUCCUUGGCCGGUUCCCAACCGUCCUAUGUUCUUCUAUGUGCAGAUGGGACAAGAGGAAAUUAGUUCAAGUGGCACAUCUUAUCUCAAUAGAACUGAGGCUGCAAAUGUGGAAAAAAUUGUCACUACAUUCCUAAGAAGUGGUGUCAUACCUAGUCAGAUAGGAGUUAUCACUCCAUAUGAAGGACAACGGGCAUAUAUUGUGAAUUACAUGUCAAGGAAUGGUGCACUUAGACAACAACUUUACAAGGAAAUUGAGGUUGCAAGUGUUGACUCCUUCCAAGGCAGAGAGAAGGAUUACAUUAUUCUGUCUUGUGUGAGAAGCAAUGAGCAUCAGGGUAUUGGAUUUCUCAAUGAUCCACGCAGGUUGAAUGUUGCAUUAACUCGUGCUCGUUAUGGCAUUGUCAUUCUCGGGAAUCCCAAGGUUCUAAGUAAACAACCUCUUUGGAAUAGUUUGUUAACACAUUACAAGGAGCACGAGUGUCUCGUAGAAGGACCACUGAGCAACUUGAAGCAGAGUAUGGUGCAGUUUCAAAAGCCAAAAAAGAUUUACAGUAGCAGACUCUAUUAUGGCGGUGGUCCGGGGAUUGUUCACAGCGAUAACAUUGGUCCUGUUGGUUCAUCAGUUCCACUUUCUGACAAGAGAGGUGGGCACAGUAAAGGACAUUCAUUUGUUCCAUUUGGUCCACCGAAUGGUAACUCUAAACCUGGCAUGCAUCCAGCUGGAUAUCCAUUGUCUCGUGUUCCUCUUCCACCUUUUCCCGGAGGUCCUCAUUCUCAGCCAUAUGCUAUUCCAACUCGUGGUGCUGUUCAUGGACCUGUAGGAGCUAUUCCGCAGGUCCCACAGCCUGGUAAUAGGGGUUUUGGGGCUGGUCGUGGUAAUGCUGGUGGUCCUAUUGGGGGUCACCUAGCUCAUCAACAAAGUUCCCAGCAGACUUCGAGUGGUAUUGGCUCUGUUUUUAACUUCCCUCCAUUAGACAAUCCAAGCAGUCAGCCUUCUGUUGGGGCUCCAGCAUCACAAACUGGAUUAAUGACACAGAUGCCAGUUCAAGGUCUCAGCCAAACAUUCCGUGAUGGACUUUCUAUUGGCGGAAUGUCCCAGGAAUUUCUUGCGGAUGAUUUUAAAAGCCAAGGAUCACAUGUCGCUUACAACAUGGCUGAUUUUUCUACACAGGCUUCUCGGAGUGGAUAUGGUGUUGAUUAUUCCACUCAAGGACCCCAGACUGGUUUUCCCGGAACCUACAUAAACCAGAAUACACAACCAGGGUAUUCACAUUUGGGAACUGGUCAUGAUUAUGUUUUUCAGGAGUACAUGCCUCAUGGAUCACAAGGUCUAUUUACCCAAGCGGGAUUUAAUGAUCCCUCGCAAGAUGAAUCUUCUCAGAGCUAUUUUGGCGUAGCUGGACCCAGUUCCCUUCAGUCACAGCAGGGCCUUCUAAAUCCAUUAUAUUCACAGCCCUUCCCUUAUUACAAUGUUCAAACUCAAACACCGCAGCCUCCGCAGCAGCAAAAUCAGAGCUCAACAAACCUGAAGCCACACUAUGGCUGAGCUGCAGUGGGCUUUAGAGAGUGAUGGGUUACAUUCUUCCACCCGGCUAAAGUGGUUGUGCAGGGACUUGGUUUCAUUGUUGCCAUGAUUGGCUUGAUCGUUCCUGGUAUUUUCACAUCUCACAAUCACACUUAAAUGGGCUAUAUACGAUGAUACAAGUGGUGUACAUACGAAGAAUCUUGGAUAUGGCAGCUUGUGCCAACUUACACAAUCAGAGCUGAGGAAAGGAUUACCCACAUUUUCUUUGUGAAAGUUAAAUUAAUUGUUUCAGGAGUUGACCAUUUGGAGGUUGCAUCUUCUGCUUAAGAUGGGUUACAGAGAUUCUUGCCUGAAAUGAAGGUCAUGCUGUUGAUCGAGAUCCAUUGUGCAUACCCAACCAUUCCUGUCUAGCAGUCGGUGGCAAUUGGCAACCUUCAUCGAUCUUUUGAGAAUCUGUCAUCCAUUUUAUCGUCUCAACACAAUUAGAUUGUGUAUAGCAGCAUUUGAAGAUGAAGCUUGCGUUUGGAUCAAACUCAUGUUUUCUCCUGGUUUGGUUUCUUAUAUCACAAAUAAAACCUAGUGCAAUUGUGAAUGCUUGUUAAUACCCAAAACCGUUGUGCUUUAUGAACAGGUUUGUAGUUGGUUGUUUGCUAUUA